AGCGACCGGCAGUCACGCCCACCGGCCGACCGGACCAGACGUAAUGUCAGACGAAGUCCUGUAGGCAGUGUUGUGUCCCGGCUUCCUCGCGCAGCAGGAUAAUUCGUCGCAGCCGCUAACAAUACACACGCCGGAAGCGUUCGGACAGGCGAGCCGGUGAUAACGGUACUCCCGCUUUUAUAUAACGCUGAGCCGCCGCCCGCCGCGACGAGAUCCACACUUGCCAAAGUUUUCUGUGAUCUACUAUUCAUCUAAAAUGAGUUACAAUUGCAAGUCAAUUUACGCCACUUUGCCGCGAACGCAAAGAGGCCAACCCAUCGUCCUCGGUGGUGAUCCAAAGGGCAAGAAUUUCCUCUACACCAAUGGAAAUUCCGUCAUUAUUCGUAACAUUGAAAAUCCAGCAAUCUCAGAUGUGUACACUGAGCAUUCAUGCGCAGUCAACGUUGCGAAAUAUUCGCCGAGCGGUUUCUACAUCGCGUCCGGCGAUCAGAGCGGAAAAGUCCGCAUCUGGGACACCGUCAACAAGGAGCACAUUCUCAAGAAUGAAUUUCAUCCAAUUGGUGGACCGAUCAAGGACAUCGCAUGGUCGCCUGACAAUCAACGUAUGGUCGUCGUCGGCGAAGGACGCGAACGUUUCGGGCAUGUUUUCAUGUCCGAGACGGGCACUUCGGUUGGUGAGAUCUCCGGACAAUCCAAACCGAUCAACUCCUGCGAUUUCAAACCAAGUCGGCCAUUCCGCAUCAUCACCGGCUCGGAGGACAACACCAUUGCCGUUUUCGAAGGUCCACCGUUCAAGUUCAAGAUGACCAAACAGGAACACACCCGGUUCGUGCAGGCGGUGAAGUAUUCGCCCAGCGGGAGUCAUUUUGCGUCCGCCGGGUUCGACGGACAUGUCUAUCUCUACGACGGCAACACUUCUGAUCUUAUCGGGGAGAUCGGAUCACCCGCACAUGCCGGAGGAGUUUACGGUGUUGCUUGGUCACCAGACGGCAAGCAGUUAUUAACCUCCAGCGGUGAUAAAACCGCUAAACUCUGGGACGUCGAAACACGCCAGGUUGUCUCCGAAUUCAAAAUGGGCGACACCGUUGACGAUCAGCAAAUCUCCUGCCUCUGGCAAGACAAAUACCUGCUUAGCGUCUCCCUCAGCGGGCACAUUAACUACCUUGAUGUAAACAAUCCGACCACUCCAUUGCGCGUUAUCAAAGGCCACAACAAGCCGAUUACAGCGCUGACUUUAUCUCAGGAUCGCGCGUCUAUCUUCACCGCGUCUCACGACGGUGUUGUGACUACAUGGAACGCAGGAUCAGGUGAGAAUGAUCGUAUUAAAGGCACCGGACACGGUAAUCAGGUGCAGGGCAUGAAAGCCGACAAUGAGACACUUUACACCUGCGGUAUUGAUGAUUCACUGAAGCAGAUCAUCCUCGACGGCAUCACUUACAUCCCGGAAGAUUUGAAAUUGGGUGCACAGCCGAGGGGUAUGGAUAUAAUGCGUAAGAGUGGUACGAAUAUCACUGCCACCGUCAAGGAGGUGCAUGUUAUUCAAAGCAACAGAAAGGUGUCGUCCGUCCAGGCGAACUACGAGCCGUCGGCUGUUUCCGUCGCGGAAGGCAUCUCGCACGUCGCUGUCGGCGGCAAUGCCGAUAAUAAAGUGCACAUUUAUCAGCUGUCCAAUGGGCAGUUGAGCGAGUUGAAGAGUUUGGAGCAGCUCGGACCCAUCACGGAUCUUGCAUACUCACCGGAUGAGAAAUAUCUGGUUGCGUGUGACGCGCAUAGAAAGGUGGUGCUCUACGCUGUGCCAGAGUAUGAACUUGCGAAUAAACACGAAUGGGGCUUCCAUAACGCCAAGGUUAACUGCGUGGCGUGGUCACCGGACUCGACGCUGGUCGCCAGUGGAAGUUUGGACACCAGUAUUAUUAUCUGGAGCGUGGAGAAACCUGCCAAGCAUAUUAUCAUCAAAAAUGCGCAUGCUCAAAGUCAAGUAACCCGCCUGGCAUGGUUGGACAACAGCACAUUGGUGUCCGUCGGGCAGGACUGCAACACCAAGCUGUGGACGGUUACACCGCCAGCCUAAUUUCGAUGUCAACGCAAUCACCACGGCCGAAAUAUACACACCUACUACACACACACACGAACCCAAUGUCUACGAAAUAUUUUACGAAACUUUAUGGAACUGUUUUUGCGAUGAACGUGAGUCCCGAAUGUAGCGGCGGCGAGGGACGUUUUGCUACGCGCCACUCUAUUUACAUUUUCCUACCCGCUAGCGAAUGCAUUAUUUUUGGUAACAUGUUUCUUACUUCUUCCCAUGGUGCGCCUAACACGAUAUGGCUUUAACAGACUCGUGUCAAUUUCCCGUCAUCUAACUAUUUAUCAAUCAUUGAUAGCAAUUAUAAUUUAUACAUAAGCAUUUAUUUUAUCACCACUAAUCGAUUUAUUUAUGAAUUCUACGAAUGUGUAUUGAUAUAUAUUGAUGAAUCAUUUUUGGAGUGUUUAUACAGAUCAAAAAAUAAAUUAAAAUCAAUUUAA